AUGACUGGAGCCGAUUCGAAGAAAGAUCGGAAAGAAGGAGGAACUCAGAAAGAAGAAGAUAAGCGCGCUGACGAACCAGCCAAGGCGAGUGACAAGAAACCUACCGGAUCAACUGAGAAGACGGAGAAGAAAGCGUCCCAAGUUAUCGAGAAGAAUGACAAGAAAGUUUCCGAACCAGUCGGGAAGACAGAAAAGAAGGGUUCUGAACUUUCUCAAAAGAAAGAGGAAGCCCGUCCCGCUAGGCAAGAUGAGCCUCUUCCUGGUCCCUCCCAUCGUCUCGACCGAGACCCCCGCCGAGGUUCCUCCUCUCCCAAGAAGAAGAAGGUAAUCAAGAUAACGAAGCCGGGUCGGAGCGGGCUGGUAAAAGGUUGGAGGGUGCAGGAUAUCGUCGCAGUUUGCAAGGAGGAGGGUGCGGAUGACGAUGCUGAUUUCCGCUUCGUCGUGAAAUACAAAGAACGCGACGAUAUGGAGGCGAUUCCUCGUCAGGAAUGCAACGAAAGGAUACCGCACAAGGUCAUAAAAUUUUACGAGAUGAAUGUGAUAUGGGCUCAGAUCUUGGAGGACUUAUAAACAUUAAAACUACCAUUGUUAAUGAUAUUAUUGUUUUUUAUACUUAAAAGUAUUAUGAUUGCGACGCCAAUUAGGCAAUUUGACUUUGUUAGCGUAGUAAGAGUAGAACUUUGUAGUUGUAUCUAGUUAGUGAAACAAAUAUAGUUUUAAGGAGAAAGCUUCCGGUCUCUGUUUAAUGGGGAAGUCAUUUUUAAAAAUAGUUAAUAAUUCAUAUUUUGUUAUUGGAACGGUUUUAAACCACUUGUUACUAACAAGUUGUUAGUUAGUUUGGAUUGAAUUGUUUAUUUGAAUAAAUGAAUGCGAGAUUGUUUGUUACAAUGAAAA